GUUCCCCUCACACACCUCUGCGGCUCUCUGGACCAGGCUCCAGGUUCUCCAGGUUCUCCAGGUUUCAAGGCCUCAGCUUUCCAGGAUCCAGGCUGCAGGUGGGAGCGGAGCGGAGCAGCAGCAUGUCGGGCAUCGCAGCCACUCUGCAGCACCGGAGGGAGAAGGGUCAGGGCAUCGGGACCAACAGCCACGCCGUGAAGUACCUGAACCAGGACUAUGAGGCCCUGAGGAGGAACUGCUUUGAGUCCGGCCGGCUGUUCCAGGACGAGACCUUCCCCGCCCUGGCCUCCUCUCUGGGCUUCAAGGAGCUGGGGCCGGGCUCCUACAAGACCAGGGGCAUCAGCUGGCGCAGACCGCCGGAGCUGACCAGGAACCCUCAGUUCAUCGUCUCUGGAGCCUGCAGGACCGACAUCUGCCAGGGGGCGCUGGGGGACUGCUGGCUGCUGGCGGCCAUCGCCUCUCUGACUCUGAACGAGGAGGUCCUGGCUCGGGUCGUCCCGCACGGCCAGAGCUUCGAGGAGGGAGAGUACGCAGGCAUCUUCCACUUCCAGUUCUGGCAGUUUGGAGAGUGGGUGGACGUGGUGAUCGACGACCGCUUGCCGGUCAAAGACGGAGAGCUGAUGUUCGUCCACUCGGCCGAGGGGAGGGAGUUCUGGAGCGCCCUGCUGGAGAAAGCCUACGCCAAGGUGAACGGCUGCUACGAGGCUCUGUCUGGAGGAACCACCACCGAGGGCUUCGAGGAUUUCACCGGCGGCAUCGCCGAGGUCCACGACCUCAGCCGACCUGAUCCACACCUCUUCCACAUCCUGGAGAAGGCCGUGAAACGAGGCUCGCUGAUGGGCUGCUCCAUCGAUAUCACGAGCUCAGCCGACUCGGAGGCGGUCACUCGGCAGAAGCUGGUGAAGGGCCACGCCUACUCUGUGACAGGUGUCGCCAAGGUGGAGUACCGCGGCGUCAUGGAGAAGCUGAUCCGGAUCAGAAACCCCUGGGGUCAGGUGGAGUGGACCGACGCCUGGAGCGAUAAUUCGUCACAGUGGCGUUACGUCAGCGAUGAGGACCGGGAGCGGCUGAGCCAUCGCUCGGAGGACGGAGAGUUCUGGAUGUCUUUCGAUGACUUCCUGCGGCAUUACUCCCGCCUGGAGAUCUGCAACCUGACGCCGGACGCCCUGACCGACGACUCGUUCUCCAAGUGGGCUCUGUCCAAGUUCGACGGCACCUGGAGGAGGGGCUCCACCGCCGGCGGCUGCAGAAACUACCCAAACACGUUCUGGACCAAUCCGCAGUUUGUGAUCAAGCUGGACGAGGAGGACGACGACCCGGACGACGGCGAGUCGGGCUGCACCUUCGUGGUCGGUCUGAUCCAGAAGAACCGCAGACGCAUGAGGAAGAUGGGAGAGGACAUGCACACCAUCGGCUUCGCCAUCUACGAGGUUCCUGAAGAGUGCUGCGGCCAGAGGAACCUGCACCUCCACAAAAACUUCUUCCUGCGCAACGCCUCGUCCGCCAGGUCCGAGACCUUCAUCAACCUGCGGGAGGUGUGCAGCCGCUUCACGCUGCCGCCCGGCGAGUACCUGGUCCUGCCCUCCACCUUCGAGCCCAACAAGGACGGAGACUUCUGCGUCCGCAUCUUCUCCGAGAAACAGGCCGACUUCCAGGAGCUGGAGGACCCGGUGGACAGCCACGUGGAGGAGAUUGAAAUCGAUGAAGACGACGUGGACGACCGCUUCAGGGGCCUUUUUGGAAAGCUGGCUGGAGCGGACAGUGAGAUCUCGGCCUUCGAGCUCCAGAGGAUCCUCAACAGGGUGGUGACCAAACGAGAGGACAUCGAGACGAGCGGCUUCAGUCUGUCAACGUGCCGCAACAUGGUCAACCUGCUGGACAAAGACGGCAGUGCUAAACUGGGCCUGGUGGAGUUCAAGGUGCUCUGGACCAAGAUCGAGAAAUACCUGGACAUUUACCGGGGGAAGGACGUGGACAAGUCAGGAACCAUGAGCUCCACUGAGAUGUGGGGCGCCGUGGACGAAGCCGGCUUCAGUCUGAACAGCCCUCUGCAGCAGAUCCUGGUGGCUCGCUACAGCGCACCAGACCUCACCAUCGACUUCGACAACUUCGUGUGCUGCCUGGUCCGCCUGGAGUCCCUGUUCAAAACCUUCAAGUCGCUGGACACCGACGACGACGGAACCAUCGAGCUCAGCUUCCCCGAGUGGCUGAAGGUGACUCUGCUGUGAGCGGCGGGCGGCCUGAAGGGGGCGCCGCUGAGGAGAGGACGUAUCUAACCUGGGGACUGGAGACGGGCUCAGUUUUAUUCUAGACGGGGAGUCGGGAUCUUAAUAUAUUAAGUAGAGACAGAUUACCCAGCAUGCACCUGAUGGCGCCAUGCGGGACGACGAUGUUGAUUAAAGUGAGGACCUUUUAGACUCAACUGACAGGAAACGCAGAGUAAGCGUUAAAUCUGAUGGUUGACUCUACAUGGUUCUCACAAACGUUUGCACUGGAAAGAAUGAAAAUAAAGUGACGAACCAAUCAGA